AUGGACGAUCAACCCAGGUUGAUGCAUUCCCAUGCUGGGGUGGGGAUGGCAGGACAUCCCGGCCUGUCCCAACACAUGCAGGAUGGAGCAGGAGGGACAGAGGGCGAGGGAGGCAGGAAACAAGACAUUGGAGACAUUUUACAGCAGAUCAUGACCAUCACAGAUCAGAGUUUGGAUGAGGCACAAGCCAGAAAACAUGCUUUAAACUGCCACAGAAUGAAGCCGGCCCUUUUUAACGUCUUGUGUGAAAUCAAAGAAAAAACAGUUCUGAGUAUCCGGGGAGCCCAGGAAGAGGAGCCCACAGACCCCCAGCUGAUGCGACUGGACAACAUGCUGUUGGCAGAGGGCGUGGCAGGGCCUGAGAAAGGAGGAGGAUCAGCGGCGGCUGCGGCCGCAGCAGCAGCAUCCGGAGGGGCUGGCUCAGACAAUUCCGUGGAGCAUUCUGACUACAGAGCUAAACUCUCGCAGAUCCGACAGAUCUACCACACGGAGCUGGAGAAAUAUGAACAGGCGUGCAACGAAUUCACCACCCACGUGAUGAACCUCCUGCGUGAGCAGAGCCGGACCCGGCCCAUCUCACCAAAGGAGAUCGAGCGGAUGGUCAGCAUCAUCCACCGCAAAUUCAGCUCCAUCCAGAUGCAGCUCAAGCAGAGCACGUGCGAAGCCGUCAUGAUCCUGCGCUCCCGAUUUCUAGAUGCGCGGCGGAAGAGACGAAACUUCAACAAGCAGGCUACGGAAAUCCUGAAUGAGUAUUUCUAUUCCCAUCUCAGCAACCCUUACCCUAGUGAGGAAGCCAAAGAAGAGCUAGCCAAGAAGUGCGGCAUCACAGUCUCACAGGUAUCAAACUGGUUUGGAAAUAAGCGAAUCCGGUACAAGAAGAACAUAGGUAAAUUUCAAGAGGAAGCCAAUAUUUAUGCUGCCAAAACGGCUGUCACUGCUACAAAUGUGUCAGCCCAUGGAAGCCAAGCUAACUCACCCUCAACUCCCAAUUCAGCUGGUUCUUCCAGUUCUUUUAACAUGUCAAACUCUGGAGAUUUGUUCAUGAGCGUGCAGUCACUCAAUGGGGAUUCUUACCAAGGGGCCCAGGUUGGAGCCAACGUGCAGUCACAGGUGGAUACCCUUCGCCAUGUUAUCAGCCAGACAGGAGGAUACAAUGACGGGCUCGCAGCAAGUCAGAUGUAUAGUCCGCAGGGCAUCAGUGCUAAUGGAGGUUGGCAAGAUGCUACUACCCCCUCAUCAGUGACUUCCCCCACAGAAGGCCCUGGCAGCGUCCACUCUGAUACCUCCAACUGA